AUGGAGGUGCAGCGCCCGCCCUCGCUGAUGCGUGUCGAGGUGGACACGGACGAAGCCGACUCGACGUACGGGAACGCGGCGCCCUCGGCCGCCAGCACCUCGCUCCGCAGCAGCAUCCUCCGUUUCGAGUGGAAGCAUGGUCGUCGUUACCACUCGUACCAGUCGGGCUCGUACCCCUUUCCCAACGACGAGCGCGAGCAGGACCGCCUCGACAUGAUGCAUCACGCCCUCUUCCGCCUCCUCGACGACCGCCUCUUCCUCGCGCCCAUUGACCCCAACGGUUUGCGUGUCCUCGACGUUGGCACUGGCACCGGCAUCUGGCCCAUCCACCUCGGCGACCUGUAUCCCGGCGCAGAUGUCAUUGGAAACGACCUCAGCCCCAUCCAGCCAACCUGGGUACCCUCCAACGUCCGCUUCAUCAUCGACGAUGCCGAGCUCGACUGGGCACAGCCCGAGCGCUACGACUACGUCCACGUCCGCCACAUGGCCGCCUCCAUCCGCGACUGGCCACGCCUCUUCCGCCAGAUCUACGACAGCCUCAAGCCCGGCGGCUGGGUCGAGCUGCACGAGAUCGACCACACCGUCUACUCCGAGGACGACACCUUGCGCCCCGACAACCCCCUCGUCGAGCUCAUGGACGGUCUCAAGGCCGCGGGCGAUAAGGUCGGCCGGACCAUGGACCCGGCUCCGCACUUUGCUGGGUGGGCACGCGAUGUCGGCUUCGCUCGUGUCGACGAGCAGCGAUUCCAGCUGCCCGUUGGCACCUGGCCGAGGGACCCACGCCUCAAAGAAGUCGGCGCUUUCAUGGCCAUGAACUUUUACGACGGCGUCGAGGCCUUCACGGCGGUGCUGCUGCGCGACAUCCUGGGCUGGCCUGCCGAGUCGGUAGAGAUGGUGAACUGGAGGGUAAGGGCGGCCUCGAGGCGCAAGGACGUGCACGCCAUGUUUGACGCGGUGGUGGUGACAGCGCAGAAACCGGCCUGA